GCGCCCCCGCUUUCCCGCUCCAGGACUUAUACAGUGGAAAUCGCUGCCCUCUAGUGUCCGGACCUGGCAACCCAGGAGGGCGCCCCCCGCUCAAGAGUUUGUGCUGGGGUUUCCCCCCCGCCCCGCUUUUGCAUCCUCAAAACUGGAGGAGCUUGAGGAACCCCGAAGCUCAGGUCUCCGUUCUCUUCCACCCCCUUCUGGAUGCUUCUUCUUCCCUCUACCCCUUUCUCCCUUCCUGGACUGUUAUAAGGAUGAGCUCUGAAUUGCCGCUACCUGCGAGGUGGGUUUAAAGGACGCCUCCUCUCCGUCCUCCUCCCCUUCCUUCUCCUUUUCCUCAUCCUCAUCCUCACCACACUAAGAACCAGGCAGAGACUUGCAGGAGCCUGGCCCCCUGCUGCCGGGCGUGCUCCGCUCAAUGCCAAGUGCGCUCAGCUGGGAAGACUUGGGAAGGGUCUCUCUCUGUGCCUCUCUACCGGUCCCUCCCUACUCCCCAGUCCAGGGAUUAUUGGAUUCCAGGAACGAGGCGAGAGAAGAGAAGGUUUAACAUUUUCCAGGCACUGAGUCGACAGCCAGGAGUUGUGAGAAGCGGAGCUUUUCUUCCUCUUUUCUUUAGAGGACAGCUGGAGCGAGCCUUGGGGAUCUCCCCACUAUUCCUCCUGUGCUUGGUAAGCGCUCGCCACGCAGCCGGGAGCUGGUGGAAGACACGGUGGGAUUCGGAGCCCUCUGGCCCGCCAGUUCUUUUUGGCCUAAAGAAUUGGCUGUCUACAGUGAACAGGUCAACCAAAAAGUCUCAACAUCUUCUCUUCCCUUUGUGCUAUCAAAAACACAGCCUCUGAAGAAUUGUUCUCCACAUGAAGCAUUUUUUAAUGAAACUUCAACUGGUUCUAAUCAAGUAUGCUGCUUGGCAAUUUCAUCUACUCCCAACAAGGAUACCAUCUAUCCAUAUAGGAAAUCUACAUUCAGGAAAAACUGUGGGUCCCUUUCUCAUAACCAGCGAAAAUGGAAACUGGAACUUCUUUAUGGCUUGGAUGUGUUGAAGUCUGAAUGAUCAGCUAGAGAGGAGAACUCCCAUCUUUCCUGUAGUAGAUUCUAGGAGAAGGAGGGAUAAAAAUGAAUUUCACAAACUGUACAACAGAAGCCAGUGUGGCCAUUAAAUCCAAAUCAGUAACAGAGAAGAUGGUCGUUUCUAUGACUCUGGUGGUAAUCACUACGAUGACUACUCUCCUGAACUCAGCAGUCAUUAUUGCGAUCUGUACCACCAAGAAGCUCCAUCAGCCUGCAAACUACUUAAUCUGCUCUCUGGCUGUGACAGACCUCCUAGUUGCCAUUCUCGUCAUGCCUUUGAGUAUCACUUAUAUAGUCAUGGACUCCUGGACCCUGGGUUACUUUAUCUGUGAGGUUUGGCUGAGUGUAGACAUGACCUGUUGCACCUGUUCAAUCCUCCACCUCUGUGUGAUUGCCUUGGAUAGGUACUGGGCAAUCACCAAUGCUAUUGAAUAUGCCAGGAAAAGAACUGCAAAGAGGGCUGGAUUGAUGAUACUGACUGUGUGGACAAUCUCAGUUUUCAUUUCCAUGCCUCCUCUGUUCUGGAGAAGCCACCGUCUUCUCAGUCCUCCACCUAGCCAAUGCACCAUCCAGCAUGACCAUGUGAUCUACACCAUUUACUCCACACUUGGAGCAUUUUACAUCCCCUUGACUUUGAUCCUAAUUCUCUAUUAUAGGAUCUACCAUGCUGCCAAAAGUCUUUACCAGAAACGUGGCUCCAGUCGCCAUCUGAGCAACAGAAGCACUGACAGUCAGAACUCUUUUGCAAGCUGCAAACUGACCCAGACCUUCUGUGUGUCUGACUUCUCCACUUCUGACCCAACUACAGAUUUUGAUAAAAUCAACACUUCAGUCAGGAUACCUCCCUUUGACAAUGACCUGGACCAGACUGGAGACCGCCAACAGAUCUCCAGCACCAGGGAACGCAAGGCUGCUCGCAUUCUGGGACUGAUACUAGGGGCAUUCAUUUUGUCCUGGCUGCCAUUUUUCAUCAAGGAGCUCAUUGUGGGACUAAGUAUUUAUACCGUGUCAUCUGAAGUGGCUGACUUUUUGACGUGGCUUGGUUAUGUGAACUCUCUUAUCAACCCUCUACUUUACACAAGUUUUAACGAGGAUUUUAAGCUGGCCUUUAAAAGGCUUGUCAGGUGCCGGGAACAUUCCUAGAGGGGUAGAAAACCCAAUGCCUUUGGCCAGCCUUGUGAAUGCACAAAGGGCAUUAAACUGAUGAACUCUUAAAGAUGACUGAUUCAAGACAAUUCAUAGGUUGUGAUUAGGGAGAGGGAUGCAACAGGGUGUUGUGUGCGGUCCUUUGCUCUUCUUUUGGGGGGUCCUGACAUUCAGUAUGCUUUUUUUUCUACCUCUGGUGUUAUGUAAGGUACAUAAUAUCAAGUCAACUUGACAACACCAAAAUGGAGACCUUCACAGAAUUAACCAAAAGGAAAAUAAUUAAUUAUUUAUUUUAGCAGUCCAAAUUACUCCUGUAAUCAGUAAAUGAAAAAAGAAAAUUCUUCUUGUUCAUAGGAAUUUUCUUGGUGGAUUCUUUGCACUUGAGUGGCAUAAAACUUGAUCUUGUGUGUCUAAGUGCAUACAAAUCCAAGCAGAGACUGUAUGAUUGUACAUAAAGAAUAGAGAGCAGUCACUGUCCCAUUAACCCAUGCUUGCAUCCCUAUGCUGAAAGCAUUCCCCAUGGCACAACCACAUAGCACAUGUACUGCUGAGGCAAGAACCCCUAUUUCCCAUGGUCCACAAUAAAAUAAACCAGUUCAAGUUUCAAAAAAACCCAGAAUGCUCUGGGGAUUUUGUGUAAGUUGUUUAUUGUGAAUAUAAUAUAUAAACAAAUGAGAAACAAAAGGAAAAUGUCUUCUCUUUGGUACAUAUGCUUCUGGUGAUAUUUUGGUUUCUGGGGCUUCAGAGUAAGAGGUAAGUAUUUUAAAGGAUUUUAUAGCUGGGAGGGACAGAUCUCAGAGAUCCAGUCCAAAUUUGUGAAUGAGGAAAGAGAGGUUCAGAAAAGUUAAGUGAUUUACUAAAGGUCAGAGAACUAAUGUCUGCCAGCGGUCUAUUGGUGCAAUUAGGAGGCUUCACAGAAGAAACAGAUAAAUCAGUCAAUCCCGAAUGCAAUAGGCCCUUUUAUUUGGCACAUUUAAGAGAUUAACUGGAGAUACCCAAAGGAACAUGAAGGGGGAGGCUGGGGCAGUAAAACAAGGAUACUAGUAUACUAUUUACCCCACAAAUUGAGGCAACAGCCAGUACCUCCAAAGCUAAUGCUGUACGACCCCUAAACUAGGUCAGAGGUUAAAACCUGCAAAGUGGAAUAGGAAAGAGUAGGGCAGAUACACAACCAGAGAGGUCAACAGGACAAGGCAAGAAAAAGGGAGUCUCUUGUUGUUGUUUGUCCUUUGUUCUUGAAGAGGACCAUGGCAUUGGGGUAAUGUCAUGACUUCCACUGAAUUGGAUUUAAGGGAAGA